ACGAGGGCGGAUAUACUGAUGUCGUCACCGUUGACGACAAGUCUUUGCAAUCUACCGCUUUGUCCUGUUGGAGUCCCAGGUGCCGUCCCUUUUCAUAACUUGUUACUUUUUGUUGAAACAGUACGCCCUGAAAGCGUGUCCCAUUAAUUUUGUGACGAUAUCUUGCAAAAAUGCUCCAUGGGUUCACCCCUCUGCUAAAAGAUGGCGGAGACGGAUGGUGGGGCUACUCCAUCGGCACAUUCGCUGAACAGUAUGGCUAGCAAGAAUAGCCCCCUGCGCUGCACAUUUUCAGCUCCCAGCCACAGUACCACUCUCCUCCAGGGCUUGUCGAUAUUGAGGGCUCAAGGCCAACUUCUUGAUGUGGUGCUGGCCGUCAAUGAGGAGCGCUUCCAGGUCCACAAAGCUGUUCUGGCUGCUUGUAGUGAUUACUUCAGGGCCAUGUUCACUGGAGGCAUGAAGGAGUCAAACCAAAAUACCAUUGAGCUCAAGGGUUUGUCCGCCCGGGGCCUGAAGCAUAUUAUAGACUUCGCUUACAGUUCGGAAGUCACUUUAGAUCUGGACUGCAUUCAAGAUGUGCUUGGAGCAGCCGUCUUCCUUCAGAUGGUCCCUGUUGUGGAACUCUGUGAGGAGUUUCUCCAGUCAGCCAUGAGUGUUAAGACAUGCCUUCACAUCGACCAGAUGGCAACCACGUUCAGCUUGUCUUCCCUCAAGGCGUCAGUGGAUGCCUUCACCUUUCGCCACUUCCUCCAAAUAUCUGAGGAGGAGGACUUCCUGCACAUCCCAAUGGAGCGCCUCGUCUUCUUUCUGCAGAGCAACAAGUUGAAGAAUUGUAGUGAGAUUGAUCUCUUCCAUGCAGCCAUCCGUUGGCUCCGGCAUGACGAGUCUCGCCGUGCUCAAGCCAGCAAUGUCCUCUGCCAUGUGCGCUUCCCCCUCAUGCGUUCAUCUGACCUGGUGGACAGUAUUCAGAGGGUAGACAUCAUGGUGGAGGAUGUGCAGUGCCGCCAGUACCUCCUGGAGGCCUUCAAUUAUCAGAUUCUUCCAUUCCGGCAGCAUGAGAUGCAGUCGACGCGCACGCUCAUUCGUUCUGAUGUUGUGUCUUUCAUCACUUUUGGCGGAACCCCAUACACUGACAACGACCGCACAGUGAGCACCAAGGUGUACUAUCUCCCUGACGUUGCUUCCCGCCACUUCAAGGAGUUGACUGAGAUGGAUACUGGGUGCAGCCAUGCCUGUGUCGCUGUCCUUGACAACUUUGUGUAUGUUGUGGGUGGGCAACAUUUACAGUAUCGUAGUGGUGAGGGGGCUGUUGACAACUGUAUGCGCUUUGAUCCGCACUUGAACCAUUGGCUCCGCAUCCAACCAAUGCAGGAGGCUCGCAUCCAGUUUCAUCUCAACGUCUUGAACGGGAAGCUUUAUGCCACUGGAGGGCGCAAUCGAUCCGGCAGUCUAUCAACUGUGGAAUGCUACUGCCCAAAGAAAAAUGAGUGGACCUAUGUGGAGCCAUUAAAACGGAGGAUUUGGGGUCAUGCAGGGACUCCCUGUGGAGAAAAGCUGUACAUCUCCGGUGGUUAUGGUGUCUCUUUGGAUGACAAGAAAACUCUUCACUGUUACGACCCGAUGGCCGACCAGUGGAAUUUUAGAGCGCCCAUGAAUGAACCUAGAGUGCUCCAUGCCAUGAUAUGUAGUAGGGAUAGGGUCUAUGCUUUGGGUGGACGCAUGGACCACGUGGACCGCUGUUUUGAUGUACUAGCUGUUGAGUAUUACAAUCCACAGAGUGACCAGUGGACCACCGUCAGCCCCAUGAGAGCAGGCCAGUCUGAGGCGGGCUGCUGCUUACUUGAUGGGAAGAUAUACAUUGUCGGGGGCUACAACUGGCACUUGAACAACGUCACAAGCAUCGUCCAAGUGUACAACACAGAGACGGAUGAGUGGGAGCGGGAUUUGCACUUCCCUGAAUCAUUUGCUGGGAUUGCUUGUACACCAAUUGUACUUCCACAGACACACGUUGAAUACCUGACCUCUUGGCUGUGAAAAUGUCAGUUAUUCAGACUUAUGAUUUCGUUCAUGCCAAGGACGAGUGGCUGAGCCGACUUCAAUUUGAGUAUCGGUUGAGCUUCAUAGCACAAGACAUUUUUACGUGAAGUCCGUAUAGUGCUUCACCUCACUUAUUAUUUUUGUUGGAUUUCAUAUUUUGCUCAUGCAACAUUUGAUUUGGGCCAAUUUGAUAGAGUAAAUAUGAUUAUCGUUAAUAGCUACAAUUUUGACAAGGUGAUCUUUUUCAUCAGCAUUUAUCAUGCACGUAUUUCAUAACUGCAUUUUAAUUGAUAAUUUAAUUUUCAAAUCUGUUUUUAAUUCAGAAAUCACAGCAUGCUUUUUUCUUUUAAUUCAGUCAUGAUCAGUGACAAAGCAACUCGCUAAAGCCGAUACCUUGCAUGCGUCGCUUUCAUUCGGAUCAACUGUAGAUCAAUGACAUACUGUGUUUUUACUGAGAAGCACUAAGUCCUUAACUUUUUGUCUUCCUAUAUUCAUGUUUUCUCAGGUCAAAUCAUAUUCAAACUACCGCAAUUUCCGCCCUACAGAGCGCACCGGAUUAUAAGCCUCACGCAAUACAUUUGUAAAGGAAAUACCAUUUGGUAAAUACAUAAACCGCACCUGUGUAAAAGCCGUAAGUGCCCACAUUGAAACACGAGAUUUUUUAAGAGAUAAUUUACAAAGAAAGAUGGGACACAAAGAGUUUUCAAAGCUAAUGCUAGCGCGGUGCUGAUAGGACCGGUUAAAAAAAAAACAUAGCUGUAAAAAUCCCUGAGACGCGACAGCAACACACUAGCACAGCGGUAACGCUAGCGCACCGCUAACAGGGCAGGUUAUAAAAACAUACCGGUAAAAGUCACUUCGUCAGCACAUAUAUUCCACCGGUCUCACUAUUACCUUUUCCACUCGAGUGGCCCCUUGCGGCCGCGAGAAAAAAAUGCACAAAUUGGCUGCAUCAUCGCAUAAGCCGCAUGGUUGAAAGCGUGUUUAAAAAAAAAAAAAAAGUCGCAGCUUAUCGGCUGGAAAUUAUGGUAUUCUAUUACUACAAUUUCUCUGUGUGGACCUGUUGUGGCAGCGAUCUGACACAUUCGGUCCAUGUGAAUGUCAGCUCUUAAGUGCUUUUGUCUUGUGUGUGAAGCAUCCCCAUCUCCUCAACAGCAUUUACAUUUUAUUUUUUGAGUCGAGGUUCCUGCGUGCAUUCAAAUGAGCUAUCAUUAAUGUCUUGAAUUUACAUUUUUACUGCACUUUUCAAAACAGAUGGAAAUGUUAUAAUACUAAUUAUUUUUCAGGGAAACAUUUGAAAAUGGACAGAUAGGCGAUGACCAAGCACAAGUGGCUAAGGAUCUACAUUUUAUUGUGCACCUUUCCCUGUCAGCCAUUACAUUUUCAAGUGUGAUAUAAAUGGAGCUCGAGUCAACAUAUGGUAAUGCAAUCAUUUAUCAAAGCUUGACCAUGUUUUAAAAUGAGCUCUUGAAAUUUUGUUUUGGGGUGAAGUAAGAAAUUUUAAUAAGCAACUUCAGUAUGUGUAUAUAUCUACUAAUUUUCUUUUCUGCAUACAAUACAAUCAGGUCACUGCAUAUUCAUUACUGUGUAUCUUUAUUGGAACAAAGUUGGUAAGGAUGGAAGAUUUUAAUAUAUGUGGAUUAAUCAAUGAGGGAAAUGUGAUCAUAUGAGAUAAUGUAACAAUACCUUCAACGCCACUUGCUUUGUUGGUCCUAUUUUCAAAUUCAACAGCCAAAGACCAAAUCAUGUAGGGAAUGGGUAUGGGGCAGUGCAAAUUUUUAACAGAAAAAAAUAAUAGUUGUUGGACUGUCAGCCGCUUUGCUCUGUUCUCCCUCCCCUACACAUUUAAUAAUAGUCCCUGUCCAUCAUGGCAGUGGUCAAUGAUGAGAUAUGCUUGUAUUCUCAAACUGAUAUUUGCACCAUGAGUGUGCUUAAAUGGUCAAGCCACAAAUGCUAAAAGGUCAACAAUGGCCAUGGAGCUCCAUGGAGUGAGUUAAGCCCGAAACAGCUCGAACAGAGAGCUCCAUGCCAGGACCACCAAAAAGGCAAAAAAUAAAAAAAUAGCCAGUGCUCGGAGCCCAUCAUCCAAUUUCUAUGAUAUUUGUUGUCAUUGUUGAGUGAGCUGGAGCUUAUUCUACCUGAAUUGGGGUGAAAGUCAGGGUUCACAAUGGAAUACUGGAAAAAAAAAAAAAAUACAGACACAGUGCUGUACAAUGCGGGAAGUGAAAGGAGCAGUGGCCCUGGACAGCCAAUCAGGUUUGGGUGGGCAUCCAGUAAACGCAAUGCAACCACCCAGUAUGGAGGUCCUUUGUGCCGAAUGCUGGGAAUAUAUAAAUAUUGUGUAAAGUCCAUGUCAUGGCUAUUAUUUCAUGAGUCAUUCUUUUAUUUGUUCAUUAUUUGCUAUUUAUGCUGUCCUGUUUGAUGCGGUGUGACAAUUUUUCUUUUGAUGUGACACUGUGUGCGUAUUCAACAUCGUCAAUAAUGACAUGCCUUCACAGGCAGUGUGUAGGACAAUGCAAGUUUCUUUUGCUUUCAGAUAUAAAAUGCAAUUGUUCCUCACUGUCUCGUGAGCGCCAUCGUGUGAAAGCUUGCAUACAUGUUCAAACACGUGCUGGCAUCUAUGCUGACUGUAACCCGUGUGUAUUAAUGUUCCAU